CGAUGAAUCAAUUUGAUAAUGAGGAUUUUGAGGCACGGGGUCUGUUUAAAUAGACAGGAGCAAUUCGGUUUGUCGGCCUCCCUAAUAAUGGGCCAAGAUUAAAUUCCAACGAAAAAACCAGUCUGAGAUGGGCCGCCCACCGCCUCAUUAACCGAUACAAGCCACCCUAUAUAAUCAACUCUUACCAUUUGAUGUGAUGUGGACUAAAACAUAAUUCCUCAAAACUUCAGGGGGGACUAUAUGCAAAUUUAGCCAAAGUUGUUAUCUUAUCGUCGGAGAUCUCUGCCUUGUAUCGGAAACUCCAAAACCUCGUCGGAUUUCGCAAUUAUUGUUUUUCAAUUCAUCCAGAAUUCGGUCCUCCCCUCGGGAAUACUAGCCUAAUUUAGCAGUGGUGAGUCGUUGCAAUCAUGAUAAUGAUUUGUAUUUCGUUAUUCAGAGAAGGAAAAUGGCAUCUUGUUCCCCCCUUUUGCCAUUGUAAUUCCUUGUACUGGGUUUUGUAUUUUCGUAGUUUGAUGUUUCUCUUCGACUUUUUUUUGGUGGAAAGUUGUAGUUGUGACCAAUUUAGUGGUAUAUAAACCUUAUCCAGUCAUAUUGUUGCGGUAAUAUAGUAGAGUUUAGGGUUUUGGAUCUUGUUACAUUCCAGCUUUAUUAUAGAUGAAGCUUCUGUUUGAAUAUGCAUUUGAUAUUUUAGGUGUGCUUGGAACACUAAUAUUAUAUGGUUACAGUUAAUUGUGUACAUGCGCAAAAAAUUUCUUUCUCAAUCGGAACGAAGCUUCAAUAUCGGUGUCGUUAAUUUUUUUUCCUCCUUUUUUUUUUUUGGUAUCUUUGGGUCCAUUUAGGAAAUGAGAUAAUUAGUUAAAAAUCUUUGCUCUUUGGAGUAGCUGUAAUCUCCUUUCGUAUCCUUCUUUGUGGAAGGAGCCAUGCUUGUUUCUGUUAAAAUGGUUGGUGACAAAUUGAUGCAUACGUUUGUGAAAUAUUGCUUGAUUUUUAUGUUUAGGUGGGGUAUAUCUAUGAGUUUGUGGUUUGAAUAUUUUGGCAAUAGCAUAUCUUGCAUGAUUUUAUCCCUGUGAUCUCAUUUGACUAUUCAUGAUGUCGUCUCAAAUGUGAUCAUUUGACCAUUUCUUUUGAUUUCUGUUAAGUUAGAUGUUGAUUCCCCCUUAAUUACAUUGGAAGGGAGUUUGCAGGUGUUUACUUGACAUUUUAUUUUGCAGAUAACCUUGUGCAGUGUGCCCUUGUGUAGUGUGCCAUUGAGAGGUUGAUAUGUGAUAAGAAGCUUUAUCUUAUCUUGUACAUCCUCAACGAAUCUUUAAUUUGAUACUAGGGAAGGGAGACUUGUGGCUUAAUCCUCGUGAGGUUAGUAGUCUGCUCCUGGGGACGGUGCUUUUGUUUUUAGACUUACUUGCUUAAGCAGGCAACAUUCAAACAACUAGACUUCCUUACUCGUGUUCGGUCUGUCAUUCGAUGUGAAAUUUUUAGGUUAUAAUCAAAACCAUUUUGGAGUCUUAUAUAGCUUAUUAGAAAUAUCUGGAGACUAUCAUUUUUUAUUCAGAAAUCCAUGUGAUCACUCACUGAAUCGGCCUACAUUAUAAAAACAGCAAAGAAGGGUUCUCUUGGUGCAUGUAUUUGUUUUUUUUUUUUUUGUCAUGAGUACUAUAUCUGUGUAAAAUAUUGCAUAUGUUCGCCUGCAAAUGUGCGCCAAAAAAAUUGUAAAAUCGAUACUAAGUUUGUAAAAGAAAUUGUAUGGGCACCCUGCAAAUAUGCAAAAGAAAAUAAAAGAGAUUACAGUAUUUGCAAAUCCAACUGUUAUGGAGUUACAUCUCUUUGGAUUUUUUCCAGUGCCUGAAAGCUUUCGUAUAGAUCUAUUACCAUUCCAAACAUGCAUAGUGAUAUGGAGCUUCAGAUCCACAUGCUGGAGCAAGAAGCUUAUCGCGCCAUUCUCCGUGCUUUUAAAGCACAAUCUGAUGCGCUUACGUGGGAGAAGGAAGAAUUGAUAACUGAGCUGAGGAAAGAACUCCGAGUGUCAGAUGAUGAGCACAGGCAAUUACUGAGUAAGGUUAAUGAUGAUGGGCUUAUCCAGCGAAUUAGGGAGUGGAGGAAGGCAGCACCGAGCAUGUCUCAGCCCAUUCAAGAUCAACUACAGGCUCCAACUGAUUUAACAUCUCGAAAAAGGCCUAGAACAUCUCAGCCAGUACAAACUCAAUCAGUUGUGGGAACCAAACAUCCAUCAGCUUUGCCUGCGAAAAGGGGCCCUGGUACACCAACUCUCAGCCGAAGACAUCAGCAUUACCAACAAAGCAACCAUGAAUCGCCAUUCGCUGAUGAAUAUGUUGACAAAACAAGUGAUUCCUCAUUAUUGGGGAGGAAAGUUAUGAGAAGGUGGUCGGAAGAUAACAACUUCUAUGAAGCCAUUAUAAUCGACUACGAUGCAAUAAAGGGGAUGCAUGCUCUUGUUUAUCAAAUCGAUACACCAAAUGAGAGUAAGGAAUGGGUUGAUCUCAAGGAGAUUCCUCCAGAAGAUAUUCGUUGGAUUGGUGAUGAUCCGGUGAUUUCUCGACAAAACGCUCUUAGUGCUGAAAGAAGUCGAGGAUCCUCACGAGAUCAACUCAGAAAUGAUUCUAGGCCAUCUCAGAAUGGAGCAGUAAAGAAGGCUUGGGGUGAAUUCGAAAUACUACACACAGACACACUUUUAUGGAAGGUGUUGGAAAAUGUAACUCAUUCAAAUCUGGCAGUCUUAUAUGUUUGGUUCUCAUCUGUUCUCUUAUAUGUUUGGUUCUUGCAGGUGGAGAAGGUGGUUGAAGCUAGUCAUCCUGACCUUCGCGAGAUUGAAAAAGCCAAGAAAAUGCUGGAGGUUGUAAAUUUGGAGGGGUUUUCAAAAUGUACUUCUUAUCUUUUGCUUUCGUAGUUGUGAGACUAAUUUGAUUUUUGGUGCAGGAACAUGAACAAUCAUUGGUUGAGGUGAUUGCAAAGCUUGCAGAAGCUUGUGAUGAUGGAAGUGAUGGUGAUAAACAGUACUCGCGUGGACACAUUGCGCCAGACAUGAGACGAAGAAGUACCAGUAGUUAUGAUAUUACCAGAGAUCAUAUACCACAGCAAGAUGAUGAAGAUGAGGUUAUGGUUUUGAGAUGAGGUUACCAGAGAUCACUUCUACCCGUUCUGUUUCUAGCUUCUGACAUUGUUUUAGUCCUAGUUCACUACAAAGUGUUUCAAUCUCAUAGAUUUAGUUAACUCUAGUAUAGAACAGUUGUUUGGAUUUGUAAAGAAUUAUGUGAUCGGGUCACAAGGCUAUAUAGGUUUGUUUGUUAUUCAUGAAUCAUGCUCAGACUUGUCAUUUUGUUAAAUAAAUCCGUGUACAGACCAUGUCAAAUUGUGAAUUGACUUCUGGAGUUUGUCGACUUUCUCGUCGUAUUGUCUAAGUCGACGACAGAGUCGACGAAACUUAUUUCAACGAAAUAAAUCUUUUAUUAACUUCUAUAUGAAAGGAAAAAAAAACAAAUGAGUAAAC